AUGAACCUUUUUAUUUAUGUCCUACUUUUGUCCAUUUGGACAAGUACUUGUUUAAAUACAAACCAAAGUGAUGGAUAUUCUACUACAGGAGAUAAGGACCUUGAACCAACAACCCUGAGCAAAAGGGACGAUUUCAAAGAACAUCUACGUGUUCAUGUAAUUGGUAUUACAUGUACAGUUUUCAUCAUCCUGUCUUUUUGUUUCCUCCACUAUAAUUGUUUGAAUGACGAUUUCCCCAAAGCAGAAGCGAUCAAGAAAUGUGUGGCAGCCAAGUUGUCCAAGUCAUCCAUACUAUCACUGACAAGAUACAAGAGAGACGAUUCAUGCAUUCCAGAAAAACAACCCAUGCUAUCUGAUAUGGACAAGUUAUCUGAGCCUUCAGGUCCAGAAAAGUCAUCAUCCAGUUCCGAAAAUGCAUUCUGUCCCUCAAGUCCAGAAAAUCCACCUAGUACAGAAAAUUUCAUUAAGCCAUCUAGGCCCAAAACAGCAUCCAGAAAGUCAUAUAGAAAACACAGUCUAUCUAAGUCACAUAAGCUAGCUUAUGCCCAUAAGGGAAGCAGUAAAAUUUGUUCAUCGUUUCCAAAUAGGGCAGUCAGGCCACCUUCACCAGCUAGUCUACAACAUCCACUGAUGCCACCUGAAACACCUUAUCAAAACUGUCCACAAAAUCAAAUCUUGGUACUAAAGUCAUCCAGUUUCCAGAAAUGUACCAAGUCCACCAGGUAUCCUAACCUAAAAAGGUCAUUUAGUGCAGGUAUGGUAGACACAUUAUCUAAGUCUCAGUUAGUCAACCCUAGUCAAUACCAUAAGGGAAAAGGCUUUGUUUGCAGAAAUACUUCUGAGUCUUUUGUCAAUGACAUUUCUGAGGCCAAGAAGAGAAAUAUUCAAAGUAUAUUGUUUCCAUACAGAGUGAAGUCUUUUGCCAAGUCCUUUAAUGAGGUAGAUUCCAAAGACAAUGCAUUUUAUGACAAUGUGAGUGACAGUGAUAAAAUGAUAUGUGACAACGAUGGUGAUGGUGAGAGGGAAAAAUAA